AUGGACUCUCCGUCAUCCGUUGCCACGCUCAAGUCCCGCCUCGAAUUGGGCCACAUGGUCCGUCGCCCAUCUGCUCCACCAGUCGGGCUGCAAACCGAGGACUCUGAAAACCAACCUCGAAAGAAACCUCCACCGCCUCCACCACCAUCUGCUCCACCCCGCAAGCCGAGUGCUUUCUCACCUCCGAUCGAACCUCAAUCACCUGGAGACGCUGCCUCGAAGCUCGAGGAAAGAAACUACGGGCGGAUGGACGACCAAGAGCAACAUCAUCACCACUCCGUUCCUCCUUCGUCCCCUCCACCAUACGCUCCGCCUUUGCCUACAAGGCAGAACAGCAACAACUUCACCACCCGCCAGACUACCGCCCCUCCACCCCCACCUCAGCUGCCCCCUCGGCUGCCCCCUCGACCGCCUCCCAGGCCAAAGCCAGAAACCUUUGCGCACAGCCUACUCAAGAAAAAGCCCGCCCCAAAGCCAGCUGGACAAGGUCGGAGCCUGCCUCCACCUGUGAUCCCUCCACCUGUUCUCAAGGGCACAUGGGGAACGCCAAAGGAGGAGCCUAGGCGUCCUAGUAUCGGUCUUAGUCGCCCAAUCCAACCGCCUGCGCGGCCUGGAACCACAGAAACACCUUCUCCCCCCCCUUUUAUCCCUCCUCCUCUAACUGCCAGGCCUUCACUACCCCCUCGAAAGUCUCUCCCCAGUCUGAGGCCCCUCCCAACUGCCACUUUACCCAUCCCACCUCUACCCAAACGAGUCCUUUCUCAGCCACAAAUUGAGCCUGUACAUAUUCACCAAACAGAAGAACCGGUAGCAGCACCAUUGCCACACCGUAGGAAUAUUCUCUCCAUGGGAUUCGGUGGUAAACAGGGCAAACUCCCCUCUCCACCUCAGACACCACAACCAGAGACGAGACCUCCCCCAAUCCCAAUUAGUAGCCGUCCAGCAGCCAGUACUCCUACAGUAAACACAGGCACAAAGCCAGGCCCACCACCCCUUCCUGCUGCAAGACCUGGCACCUCUGCGCCUUCGAAUCACCGGAAUAUCAAUACUACAUGUCUGAAAUGUCGAGACUUCUCGCAUGUUGAUGCUCAUGCUGCCAAGUUCCCGAGACAUGCCUACGACGACGUCCAGCGUCUUGCUCUUGAUCUGACCAGAAACUUUGGUUCGGACACAGAUAAAGCCAGAGUACUUUUCACAUGGCUGCACCAUAACGUUGUAUACGACGUUGACGCCUUCUUCAACAACGCUGUCCAGCCAUCGACUCCAGCCAGCACUCUCCGCACCGGUCUGGCCGUCUGUGAAGGAUUCGCGGGCCUAUUCGCCGCUAUGGCCAUGUACUCCGGCCUAGAGGCCAUCGUGAUCGGUGGCCACGGGAAAGGUUACGGCUGGGACGGCCCCGAUGCCAAAACAAUCCCCUCGUCGCCCGGCGGUCAUGCCUGGAACGCAGUUCGGAUUGAUAACGGUGUUUGGCAGACAAUCGACCCUUGCUGGGGAGCAGGAUAUCUCUGUGGCGCGGAGUACAAGCAGGUUUUCUCGCCACACCACUUCACAAACACCAAUGAAGAGUUCAGAAAGAGCCAUUUCCCUGAAAAUCCAGAUCAGCAGUUUUGUGCAAAGCCGAUCACAUUCCGGGAAUAUUGGUUGAUGGAAGAGGGUCCUAAACUUUACGCUACGUUUUCGGAGCCGGACUUCGAUUACGGUAGGGAUAGUGUGGAGCCUGGGGUGAAAAAUUUACAACCGCAUGUGCGGUAUCGGUUUAGGAUUGCUGGCCCAUGCGAGCAUAAGCCAGCUACUAAUAACUGGAUUCUCUUGAUCAAUAAUGGCCGGAAGGAAGAAGAGCAGGUCAUGAUGCCAGACGGACGAGGCGGGUUUGUAGCAGACUUGACGACCGGUGGCUCAGGCUCGGCGGUCAACCUAUCGGUGCUGACGGUAUUUAAUGAUCAGAGUGCGAAGGGGCGACUUACGAUCGACCAGUGGAAGAACAAGAGGGGUGCGAAUAGCUGGGCUACCUCGUGGCUUUGCAAGUGGGAUAUUGCAUGA